AUGUCAACAAGAGUGGAUCCACUAUUGGCUGCAUUUAUAUCUUCUUUUCGCGAGGUGCCAAAUUGUGAAAAGGAAAGUGCGAUAAUAAAAGAGAAGCGCAGGAUGAUCUCUUCAAGCAAAACUGAGCCUUAUGUAAGGCAUUCCAACAUAUUGAAGUCUAUAUACAUGAAGAUGCUUUCUUAUAAGGUCAAUGAGAUUGACUUCUUAAAUGCAUGUGAAUCCGAUGUGCUAAGGAUAAAGACUGCUGGGUACCUUGGAUUGAUGACUAUGGAAAACAACGAGUAUGUCAUUAUGGCAAUAAACACGAUCAUGAAGGAUUUGGAGAAGAGAGAAACAAGAAAUGAUGCUCUGACUUCGAUCUGUAACCUCAGCAACGAUGGAUCUGCUCUUUCUAAUCUUAUGGGGCAUAUUUGCCCAAAUGGAAAGGGCGAUCCAUUUCACAAGAAGGCCUUGGUGGCGUUCUUUAGACUGAAUCCUGAUGCAAAGAUUUCUGUUGUCGGCCAAGACCCAUCAGAGGUCUAUGUCAAGUCCCAGAUCAUAAUGGAUAUCUUCAAGAAGACAGAAAGAAUUGAUCUUACAGAAAACGACGUUCUAUUCCUUCUUUCACUUUUUAUGAAAAGUAGUGAUCCUUUCCUUAAGAUAAAGCUUCUGCAGAUUUUUGGAGUACUCCACUCAAAAGCCCAACUGGUCCUGGACAAAGCCCUUCUAGAUUCGAUUGAAGCAACCAUAAUUCCUCCAAAAGACAAAGCCCGCCCGCAGAUAGAAAUAGCAUUGGCUAUUGAGGCUGCUGAGUUUCUAUUGAAAGUUGAAAAAAGCACCCCAAGAGUGGAAACAUUUAUUCUCAGGCUUAUUGAGUCACAGAACCCUAAUUCAAGGUACUUCGGGUUUAAAAUCGUGAGGAAAUAUAAGGUUCAUAGGGAUAUAGCCAUAGAUUGCUGUAUAAAGCUCGGGCUCCAUCACAACCAAUGUCUUAACACGUUCGUUUCACUCAUAACAAGAAACAACCACAAGUCAAUAUAUAGAAAGAAGGAGGAAAUGAUAUUCUAUAUGGAAAAAGGAUGUGCUAGUAAACAAGUGAUAAAUACAGCAUUGGCAACAGUGUUCUCAAAGCUAAUUCAGUAUGUAAAAGAUGAGCUUCUGAUAAAGAUGUAUCAAGAGGUCCCUGAAAUAUGCUUGAAAGCACCUUUUGACAAGAAUAUUCCAAAAGGAUAUGUACUAAAGCUAUUCAAUAAGAUCUGUGUGACUGUCAACAGUAGAUAUUUCCCUUUGAUAUAUCAACUGCUACAGCCAGGAAUGGGAAAUGAGGAGCUUUAUACCGCCAUAUUUGAAAAGCAUUUGAAUAUUCUAGCAAUCAAAAAGAGCAAGGGAUGGGAAGUCUCCAAUUUAACGAAGCUUCUGGAUUGUAUGCUGAAUUACGGAGUACUAUCCCGUAAUCGAGAAAUACUAAUUUCAAAAUACAAGGAGGUUUUGAAAGAAGAAGGCUCAUCAAAUAUACUUGAUAUGCUACUGAAUACAAUAUAUCUGCUCAAUGCCAGGCUUGAAGAUCGUACAAUCCACGUUGCCUCUGGACAUUUCAUUUACUUCACUUUUCCUGGAAUACACAGUAUAGAGCUCAGAAUGGAGCCAAGCAUGGAAAUAGAGUCCUUAAUCGGGGAGGGACUAGACAUGGAAAAGACAUACGAAAGGGUUUCUGAUGGCAUCAAGACCCUUGCUUAUCGUAUAGAAAAUGCUUCUAAGUUGAGUCUAAAUAUCUCUGUAGACAAUCAAACUUAUACACUAAACUUAGAGGUGCAGGCAUGA